AUGAAGCCGAGUCAAGUCUUAGCCUGGGUGGUUGGAGCCCUGGGUGUCCAUGCAGCCCAUGCCGCAUCCAUUAGGGGACCCAACCAAGCAGUGCGCGCGGGGAGAUUCGAAAGUCGCCAGUCGGAAUCCGGUACAUGCAGCCCGGAUGAUGCUACAUACAGUACGGAAACCAUGCCAGAGGGGACAUACACGGACUGGGGUGCCCUCGGCCUCGAUAAUCUGACUUCUGGCCGGCAAUUCGUGACAAUCGUCAACCUUACACCCCACCGGUUCAAGCUUGAUAGCACUCACUCCUAUCAGAUGGAUACAUUUGACUGGGGGGACAUCCCGUCAGGCCGUUCGCGACAGAAUAUUGCCCACUAUACCGAGCGUGCCGGAGCAAACCAGGUGGAUACAAACGGCGAGGCAUAUUACUCGAUUGAGGGCACUGAUAAGAAAUUCGUCAUUCGUGCAACAACACAUGUACCUGAUCGCCACCCUCGUCGCACAGUGAUUGACCUCAGUGGCUUGUCCCUAGGCCAGCGCGAAUAUCUCGACCCUAGACCGGAUGUACCGGUUACUUUGGUGAUUACUGGUAGUGACAGUCAUGGGUUCAUGGCUUCUCUCAAUCAUGGUACCGGCAACUGGAUGAAACAAAUCUACGAUGUCAUCAAAGACAGGCCGCUUCAGCAUAUUAUCAUGCCUGGUACGCACGAUGCUGGCAUGAGCACCAUUAGUGACCAGAUAGUUUCCAUAGGCAGCGAAGCCAACACUCAAACCCAGGCGCUGAACAUUUAUGAUCAACUCCGCGUAGGUGCGCGAUGGUUUGACAUGCGGAUUCUGAGUGUCCAUCAGUCUAACACCGAUGAUUAUGCAUUCUGGGUAGCCCAUGUCAACGACGAGACGGCUGAUGUUCCUAUUGGAAACACCGGCGAAAGUCUGGGCGAUGUCGUCGAUGAAAUCAACAAGUUCACUUCGGAAAAUCCCGGCGAGAUCAUAUUUGUAAAGCUCAGAUAUCUCAUCGGCAUCCGAAGAGUACCCGGUGGCGCUAUCAAAUGGGACAAUGACAUUGUGGACAACUUCUUCAGCGAACUCAAGAAGGUCAACAAUCGUUGUGGUAACCUUGACACCAACACCGAAUUCCAGAGACAGAAGGCAUCGUACUUUAUGGACCAGAACAACGGCGCGGGUUGCGUUGUUUUUCUGCUGAAUGGAGACAAUAUACCAGAUGAAGUUACGAGCUCAUCGAUUUCCGACGGUCUAUAUCCAGCCUCGCAGAUGGCAGUUAACGACCACUGGUCCGAUCUGUCCACCACAAAGCCAGUGGCCGAGGACCAAAUCUCCGUAUGGUCAGGGAUAAAUCGUGUUGAGCCGUUUACCGACGAUGAAUUCCUCAUCAGCCAGUGGCUUGUAUCCGCGGAUGCCCUCCAAACAACCGCUCUGACAAUCCAAAACAUUGCCAUCAUGCCCACUAAUCCAGCCCUCUACUGGGCGGGCGUCAAUGCUAUCAGCCCCACCAAGUGGCCGAAUGUGCUACUGGUCGACUACAUUGGUGUUGUCGUCACGGAUCAGCAUUCUUGGAACCAGCUCAGCGCUGAACUGUACACCCUAGCUAUCGGCCUGAACCUCUACAUGCUGAGUGAGAACUGUGAUGUGAGCGACCAACGAUCUGUCCUUCUUCCAGCUGCGGAAAGUGCCAGAAAGAAUGCGAUCCAGAGGGUCUCCGGGUCUUGGAAUGGCAUCAUAUAUGCCAAUGGGACAGUUGUCGAUAACCCGCCGCGCAAUUUGCAUCUAGGACGCGUGGAGAUUCUCAGGAACGGUACGGUUUUCAAUAACGGCACAGUUCUUGAGAAGGACAUGCAAAAUCCGUAUUAA